UUAAAAAAAUCUUCAAUUAUUUUUGGUUUAACAAAAACGGUAAAUGAAGAUUAUGUUAGUCAUAUAUGUUUUAAUCAAUUACAAGAAAUUAAGAAAGCUAUCUUACGUAAGGAUAUUUGGGGUAUAAAAGUUCUUGAUGCAUCUGGUGUUAAAAAACCCGGUUUCUUAUGGGGUAAUAGCUUUUGGUUUGGUAGUAAAGAAGGUUGUGAUGCUGUACAAAAUCCAGUUUAUAUAACAUUAUCGGAUCAAUUAAAACGUACAAUGAAAAUGGGAUUAAUUGGUGAUUUAGCACCAUUUGCAAUGGAAUAUCGUAUAGUUUAUAUUAAACAUAAUUCACCAUGGCAAGUUGAAAAUAAAGUACAAACAGAAGGUAUCAUACAUGUUGGAUUAUGUAUACCAAAAUCAUGUAGUAAUAAUGAAAUUCAUAAUAUAACACAAAAUUAUAUUGAACAAGAUAUUUACACUGAAACAAAUUUAUAUGAAAUGAAUCAAGAUGCUAGUGCAAUACCAAUUAUAAAUGGUAUAAGAUCAAUUUCAUGUAUUUGGAUUAUAUGCUUUCAUGUUGCAUGGUAUAUGUGGUUUACAAUUGAUGAUCAAACAUUUUUAGUAUCAAAUGCAGAAAAGAUUUUUUAUCAAUAUAUAAGUACAGCACCGUUAUUAGUUGAUGUUUUCUUUACAAUCAGUGGAUUUUUAUUAGCAUAUAAAUUUAUUAAAAAUGAAAAAGAAAUGAAAAUUAUUGCAGAAAAUAAUUGUAAAGAAAAUUUUAAAAUAUUAUUGGAUAAAAUUUUUCAUAGAUAUUUAAGAUUAGCACCACCUUCAUUUGCUCUAAUUGGAAUUGUUGAAGUAUUUUCAGCAUAUUCAGAAAAUGUAUCUAUUUUUCAUUUACAUGAAAGAAAUGAUGAAACAUGUUCGAAAUAUUGGUGGAGAAAUUUUCUUUUCAUACAAAAUUUUUAUAAUUUGGAUGAUAUGUGUUUAAACUGGAGCUGGUCAUUGGCAUGUGAAAUGCAAUUUUUCAUAUUAACACUGUUACUUUUAUUUGUUUAUACAAAAAAUCAACAAAGAGCAAAAAAUAUUUUUAUUGUUAGUUUUAUAACAACAAUUAUAUGGAGUUUUAUUGCCGGUUUUAAAUAUCAAUAUCAAUUAUCAUUUGAUAUUGCAUAUAAAACAAGAACUCAUAUUUAUAUAAAUCCAUUUUUAAGAAUUUUACCAUAUUAUUUGGGUACGGGAGCUGGUUGGUAUUUAGCAACAAAUAAAGGUGAAUUUGAAAUGACACAAAAAUUUGAAAAACGUUGCUGGUAUAUAUCACUUGUUAUAUUCUUUGUUUCAAUAUAUUCAACAAUUAAACGCGAUAUUGGUUAUUUACCAACAAUUGCAUUAAUGGUCAUUGGAAGAAUAUUAUUUUCAUUAUCAGUAUGUUGGAUGAUAAUUGGAAGUGCAACUGGUCACGGUGUAUGGUGGUCAAGAAUAUUAGAAUGUAAAUUAUUUCAACAUCUCAACAAAUUAUCAUAUUGCAUGUAUUUAAUUAAUCCAUUAGUUAUAUUUAUCAUAUUCAAUUUAUCAAAUUCAACAAAUCAUACUGAUCCAAUUAUGAUGAGCGUUCUAACAGUUGGGAUCAUUGUUAUAGUUUAUGUGCUUUCAAUAUUCUUUUCAAUAUCAUUUGAGAUGCCCUACUGUAAUUUCUCAACAUUUUUACAUAAAAGAAAUAAAAAGAAAAUAGCAUAGUGUUAAAUACAAUAUUUGUAUGUAUAUAAGAGUCUAAUGUUAUGGAUAUGUAUUAUUGUCAAGCCACAUAAUGUUGAACCAUUCCGCAGUUAAAUAUUUUAGGAAGUUUCGGAAGAGAUUUGAAAGCAAUCAAAUAGAUUGAUAUCUAUAGGUACAAAAUUUGAACUCAAACCUAAAAUCGAAUUAAAUAUUUUUAUGUAACGUAGUAUAGAUAAUAUAAAAAUUAACUAUAAGUAAUCUACGUUAUGCAAAUUGGAGUUUUUUAUAUGAUUCACAAAA